GUACAGCACUACUAGUCUAACGACUCAACGACAUCCAUAUGCGCUACUUUGAGCCCUCACACCUGGAUCGCGCAAUACAGAGAUUACAGCAAAACACCUCGCAGCUCGAGAUUCUUUAUUCCAAAGUUAUCCCGAUCGAUCGGUGCACCAGUGAUCAGGGCAGCGACAACAGACCGCCAGUAGUGCGGGUGACUGUCCUGGAUUCUUCGUUCAAUCCACCCACGCGCGCACACCUCGCUCUCGCUCUUCUUUCUACCCCGGACAUUUCUGAUACCACCCUGCUGUUGCUUUCUGUGAGAAAUGCCGACAAACAACUCAAAACAGGAGACGCACCAUACACGGAAAGGCUGGAAAUGCUGGCACAUUUCGCCGACGAUUUGGCCCGUUCUCAAAUAGAAGCUAACUGGCCUUUUAUGCCAAAAUGCGUCCAUGAAAACCCCACAUCAUCUAGUGAUCAAUCACUCGCCAAAAGUCUUUGGCCGGUGAUCCUGACCGCUGCCAUUGACGAACCCACUUUCGUCGGCAAAUCGACCGUUCUUCAUCAUGCCUUACCACCUUACUGGCCUUCGCUGGUGCGAGAUUGGGAUGGAGAACAUAGGCAUGAAGCCUUUCCUCGAUUCCAAUUCACUUUUCUGAUGGGUUGGGAUACCAUCACCCGUUUCUUUGACCCCAAGUUUUAUCCGUCCCCCGAGGGCAUGUCUAAAUCGCUCGAAAAGUUUUUCUUCGUCGAAAAAUCGUCUAUACUCUGUGCACGGCGUCCCAAAGCUUCUUUCCGAAGACCGGGAGAUGUCGGUACUGAGCCCGCCGAUGAGCAAGAGGAGAGCAUUUUCCUGCAGUCUGGCAUAGUAAAACCUUACGUGGAUGCAGGACUAAUUAAAAUGAUCAACAUUGGGGCUAGCGAGGGCUUAAUUAGCUCUACAAGGCUACGAGAGAGCCUAAAAGGGACAGUGAACACCGAAUGGGUGUCAUUAACCACUCCUGCCAUUGUAUCUUAUAUCCAGGAGCAGCAAGUUUACUCUGCUCCUUGGACCUCCGGCUGAAGCGCCCCAACCAUUAGCGCUAUCUCGAGACUCCUGUCCAGCGGAUAACGCAUCCUACCAGGUUCACUCUCGAGUGUGUAUAGUCAUUUUCCC